GUCCAGCUCAAGGUCAUGAGCAGCACCGACGUCGUCAAGCCGCCGAGCUACGCCGCCGUGCCGGCGCUCAGCGUGCCCGAGUACUCGCCCGAGAAGCGCCGUGGCCGGUGGCUGUACCAGAUGGCGCUGGUGAACCUCGUCGAGUUUGCGGCCGAGUCGUCGCGCGGUAUCAUCCUCCCGACGCUCUUCCUCUACACGCAGAGCUUUGGCGGCGACCUCUACGAGAUGGGGCUUUUGACGUCGGUCUUUAGCGUCGGCCGCCUCAUCUCGUCGACGGUGCUCGGCUGGAUGUGCGACCGCUACUCGUUCCGGUUCGUCUACCUCUUCUCGUCCUUUCUCGGUGUUGUCGGCAACAUCAUUUACGUCCUUGCGGACAACCCGACGUUCGACCCGAUCUACGUGCUUCUUGUGAGCCGCUUCAUCGUCGGUUUUGGCGCCGGCAACCGCAGUGUGUGCCGCGCCAACGUCGCUGCCAUGACGCACGUCAGCCAGCGCCUCAAGUACCUCACGAUCCUCGGCAUGGUCGUCUUUCUCGGUUACGCGCUCACGCCGGGCCUCGGCGGCCUCAUGGCUGGCACCCACUUUUCGAUCUUCGGCGCCAAGAUCAACGAGCUCACGGCGCCCGGCCUUGUGCUCGCGAUCCUCAACCUCAUCACGAUGGUGCUCAUGUUCUUUACGUUCGACGACUCGAUUGGCUCGGGCGACGCGCCGGACGUGAGCCCGAAGCGCACCAAGUCGCAGCGCCUCGCCGAACUGGACGAAGACACGGUCGACUUGCCGCAGUCGCUCAUCUACUGGGGCAUCUUUGUCUUCAUGCUCCUCAACAUGCUCACGCGUGGCAUGCUCGCGAUCUUUGAGACGAUCAACGUCCCGUUCUUUCUCCAAGUGACGGGCCACAGCAGCAGCCAGGCGAUCAUGGCGGCGUCGACGUUCCAGUUCAACCUCGGCCUCCUUGGUCUCUUCUCGUACGGUGCGAUCGAGCUCUGGCGCAACGCGAUCAGCGACGUGCUUUGGCUCCUCCUUGGCUUCGCGGCUGGCGCCCUCGGCAACUUUGUGCUCCUCUGGAACGUGAGCCCCGACUGGGCGUACACGCAAAUGACGGUCGGUGUCUUGUUUGUCUGGAGCAUUUGCAGCCCGCUCACGACCGCGGUGUGCGUUGUCGCCUUCUCCAAGAUUCUCGGCACGCGCCAGCAAGGCACGUGGAUGGGUCUCCUCGGCUCGGCGGCCUCGGUGUCGCGCAUCAUCAUGCCGCUCCUUCCGGCGCUCUUUUCGUCGUUCAAGCCUGUCUUUUGGAUCAACUUUGUGGUCUCAGUUGCGUGCAUUGGCCUCCUCUUCUGGUACGACAAGCUCGUGCACAAGGUCAAGCACGCGCUGCUCGCGGGCGAGUCGCAAUCGCUCGUGUAA